AUGUAUAUCAUUCAACCAUACACCCAUUACAUGUCGUCUGCAGUGAGAUCCCUGCUGUUGUUCGCAACAUCCGCAUUAGCCUUUGCCGUCGAGAACACCCUUUCCAGCUCUACUACCAGCGCUGGACGCCACCCUACUUUCGCCAACAACAAUCAUUUCAAUGGCACAGUCAAGACUACCGAUGACAACCCAUGGACACUGUCUGUUGCCCGAGGCGCAAAGCUCCUUCAAGGUAUGAAAGCCAGCGACGCUGAAGCCGCUGCUCUCUACAACCUAGGCGCCAGCGCAGAGAGCGCAUUCGAUGGCGACCUCAUAAACAAGCUACGUGAGUGGGGUUACAACGAUGCCACGGAUGCCCUCGCCAAACAAGCAGACCUCGAAUGCAAUUUUGACAGCUCGAAUGGACACAUGCUGAAGAAGGCCUUCAGCGACCUUGCCAUCUCGACCAAGCCCAAGAGUUAG